GGAAAAUUUUACAGGAUAUAUAAUAGACCUGAUAGAUGCGGUUGCGGCACAUAUGCAAAUCAAAUAUAAAUUAUGCAUUGCUAAAGAUGAACAAUAUGGAAAGGAACUUGAAAAUGGUACAUGGAAUGGAGUAAUUGGAGAAUUAGUGAGAGGGGAAGCUGAUAUAGCAUUUGGGGCGAUGACAAUAUCAUCAGAGCGGGAACGCGUCGUCGAUUUUACGAAACCUUUUAUGAGUUUAGGCAUCAGUAUAAUGAUAAAGAAACCAGCCAACAAGAAAGCACACACCUUUUCAUUUAUGGACCCUUUGUCCUAUGAAAUUUGGAUGUGUAUUUUAUUUGCCUACGUUGGAGUUAGUGUAGUGCUAUUCCUUGUCAGUAGAUUUAGUCCAACAGAGUGGCAUAUAGAAGACAACAGCACAAUAAAAAAUGCCUUUACAAUAUCUAAUAGUUUAUGGUAUUCCCUUGGUGCUUUCAUGCAACAGGGAUGUGAUAUAAGUCCGAAAUCGGUUUCUGGUCGAAUUGUUGGUAGUGUAUGGUGGUUUUUCACUUUGAUCAUUAUAUCAUCUUAUACUGCCAAUUUAGCGGCUUUUCUCACAGUUGAACGAAUGAACACACCUAUUGAUUCUGCAGAGGAUUUAGCAAAACAAACACGAAUUCAGUAUGGAGUGUAUGAAGGCGGAACCACCUAUAAUUUCUUUAAGAAAUCAAAGGUAGCAAUUUAUGAACGAAUGUGGGCUUACAUGUCAUCUGCCCAAGAUGUAUUUGCAAAGACAACACGAGAAGGAGUGAAGAGGGUUCGCGAUGAAAAUGGGAAAUAUGCAUAUUUAAUAGAAUCGUCAACAAAUGAAUAUAUUAAUACCAGAAAACCAUGUGAUACAAUGAAGGUCGGAAGCAAUCUAGAUUCAAAGGGAUACGGCAUUGCAACCCCGAUUGGAUCUAAUUUAAGAGACAGACUUACGCUUGCCGUUCUUAACUUGAGGGAAAGAGGACGUUUACAGUCAUUGAAGAAAAAGUGGUGGGACGAGCGAUCAGAAUGCGGAGAUGAUGCCACUGUCUUGGAUGGUAGCAAUGCUGAGUUAAAAUUGAAUAAUGUUGCUGGAAUUUUCUACAUUUUAAUUGGUGGAUUAUGUUUGUCAGUAAUCAUUGCUGGAUUCGAAUUCCUAUACAGGUCAAUAGCUGAAUCAAGAAAAUCUCAGAAAACUUUUGGUACAAUCGUUAGACAAAAAGCUCGCCUUUCUUUCAGAGGCUCUAUAGAUUCAACCAACCCUGAAGCUUCGACUCCUUUAAAAAGUUCAGGAUCAUUCGGAACUUAUAAAUAUAAUGGACCAACUCAAUUACCUGGUUUUGACCCUUAUGUCGACACCAAUACCCAUACAGAAGUAUAACGUCAAAUAAACGACAAUUGUGGAGUUAGAGGCACUGGUGUUACUUGUGAUACAUUUUUCAUACGUGCAGUUUAAAGACAUUCUUUACAU